AGUUAGACAUUUCCAUUUUAUCUUGCAUCUAUUUCGUCGUUUACGUCACCGUAAGAUAAAAUCAAAAUGAGACCAACAAGAAUCAUGACAGCGUUUGCCAUGUUUAUCAUGGCCACUCUCGUGGGACUUAUGUGUGUUAGUGAUAUGUAUUGCAAAAGUGUGAAUGAAGGAGAGGCAAUCUCCCAGGCAAUUAUUAAAAAAUAUUACAAAAUUUACGGAGCAAGGAUAAAAGUCAGACAGAUACCUAUAUUGGGGUAUUUUGUUUCUGCUCCUCCUCCACUUGUUAACUAGGAGCCAAAAAGCUCCUGGACCUUCCCAGCCACCAUCAACAUCUUUCUGGGAAGACAAAACAAAGCACUACAACUCAAACUGGAGGAGCUGGAAAAAACUGAGGACAAUUUCUUUUUUUCUCAUUUAUCUAAUAUGUAUAUAGGUGGUGAAGGGACCUCCCAUGGCGAUCAUGGCUCUACUAUUGAAGGCGUUGUUACCCUCACACUCAUUCUUGUAUUAGGAAGCAUUUUGUUCCUUUAAUAUGAAAUAUGGGAGGUGGAGGCAAGUGAGUCCAACGUCCUCUGUGAUGCACUCAUUGUGAAUCAAGAUUCUCAAGAGGAGAGUUCCUUACCACCCUCCAUGGUAAUCCCUUCCACCCAGGAAAUCCCCUCCACCAAGGAAAUCCCCACAACCCAGGUAAUCUCCACCACCCAAGAAAUCCCAACCGCCAAGGAAAUUCCCACCAGCCAGGAAAUCCCCACAACCCAGAAAAUACCCACCACUCAGGAAAUCCCAACCACCCAGGAAAUCCCCUCCACCAAGGAAAUCCCCACAACCCAGGAAAUCCCCACAACCCAGAAAAUCCCCAACACCCAGAAAAUCUUCAAGGGAACAAGUGAUGACUCAAGGAUCAAAGACGCAAUAGAAAACUUCGUAAAUAUCUUCAUUGAGGAAAACGGCUACUUUAUCCAGGAGGAUUUGGCAGCCCUUCCCCUAAGUGGUAAGUAUAUGGAAUUUCUGUUCACUGUUGUUUUCGGUCGUGCUGGAUAUAAUCCUUACGAACACCACCAACUCUGUACACUGAUGACCUUAGUGGAAGGUACCCACGGACGAUACAAAAGUGAAAAUCUACGCUCUAGUACUCACUUUUCAAUGACACUCAACAGACAUGUCCUCGUGUCUUUAGAAAAGGUCAAUUGCUUAAAGAAAACCUCUUUUUUCCUAACAAAUUUAUUGUUGUUUUUGGUGAGAAUUACAUAUGCAAAGCAGCUAAGUCUUCAGUUCAUGCUUGAACCUUUGUCAGGGCUGCUGAGCACGGAUGAAGAGAUAUGUACUCCGUCCAUUGUGGCAUGUCUAAGGUACAUCCAUAUAUUUGCAAGAGAUCAACGAGGCACUUACGCAAAGAGGACGCAAUAGAGCUACGGCAUUUUGAGUCCUAUUUAAAACAACAAGGAGAAAAGAGUUCCAGUGACCAGGUUCGAUCUUUAAUAAAUAUGUACUUCCGAGACGGAAAGUGUUCGCAGAGCAUCACUUGUAACCCAGAAGGAAAAUAUUAUGGAGGAGAGACAAGGCGUGGUCUCCCAAGAAGCCAGGCCAGGGGUGGUCUCCCAGGAAGGCAGACCAGGGGUGGUCUCCAGGAAGGCAAA